AUGGCACGGAGGCGGUGGGAGGCGUCGGAUGGUGGCGGACCAGGAAGCUCGGCUACUUCUUCACCGGCAAUGUCUCCGUCGCAUCGGAUGAACAACGGAGGAGCACUGAAUGGCAGAAGCACGCUCCGGAAGCAAAACGCCGCCGAGCUGCUCGCCAAGGUUAUGGAGAAGCGCGAUCACGACUAUGAUUACGACGAUGAAGACGGAGGCGAAGAUCUGUACCAGGUACAACUACCGCCUAUCGCUAAGCCUCGAAGACGAGAUGAUAACCGUGUCGGUAAGGGUCCGGUCAACGGGAGACAGGCUCCGGCGGGAAGGCGGGUCGUAGUCCCGCCUAAAUUUGAUGAUGAAUCUGACGGUGAUGAAAUUCCAGAUUUGCCCCGGAAUCCAGUGAGGAUUCCUGAGAAGAAUGUUAGGGGUACGAAAAAUGCUCCGGCGGCGGCAAGACGGGUCGUAGUUCCGCCUAAAUUUGAUGAUGAAAUCGACGAUGAUGAAAUUCCAGAUUUGCCCCGGAAUCCAGUGAAGAUUCCUGAUAAGAAUGUUAGGGGUGCGAAAAAUGCUCCGGCGGCGAGACAGAUCGUACCUCCGCCUAAGUUUGAUGAUGAAUCCGACGGUGAUGAAAUACCAGACGAUUUACCCAGGUAUCCACUGAAGAUUCCUGAAAAAAAUGUUAGGGGAGCGAAAAAUGCUCCGGCGGCGAGACAGAUCGUUCCUCCGCCUAAAUUUGACGAUGAAGAAAUGACAGCCGAUGUGCCCCAGAAUCAAGUGAAGGUUCCUGAAAAGACUGUCAAGGAUCCGAAUGAAGCUCCGGCGGUGAAACCCGUCGCUCUUCCGCCGCCUAAGUUUGACGAUGAACUUGAACUCGAAGGUGACGAAAUUGCAGCCGUUGUGCCCCAGAGACCAGUGGAGAUUCCUCAAAAGUAUGCUGGGAGUACACUCAGGGUUAGAGUUCCGGCAGAUUCGCGUCGGAAUCCGAUCGAUGAGUUUGAGCAGAGCGGAAACGGGAAGCUUAAUGGAAACAAUGUUUUGGUUAAAAUCUUGAUCUUUCAUUUGAAACUAAACUCAUUAAAAUUGCAGUUAGAUAUGCUUCAAGAAGAAAACGAUAAUAUACUAGAAAAGCUUCAACGCGCGGAAGAAAGACGUGAAGCAGCAGAAGCAAGGGCUAAAGAGCUCGAGAAACAGGUUGCUUCUCUUGGUGAAGGAGCAAAUUUUGAUGUCAAGCUCUUGAAGAGGAAAGAAGCAGCAUUGCGUCAAAGAGAGGCAGCAUUAAGGGCUGCUGAACAGAAACGAGAUGGAAGACACAGGGAAACUGAUGCCUAUCGUUCAGAGUUUCAGAGCUUGAAAGAUGAAGCAGAGAAGGCCGUGGAACAGCUCCAGGAGGUUGAGGCUGAAACAAAGUCUCUUCGGACAUUGGUACAUAGAACGAUUUUGACUCAGGAAGAAAUGGAGGAAGUUGUUCUGAAGAGAUGCUGGCUUGCUCGCUACUGGGAACUUGCCGUUCAACAUGGAAUAUGCGAGGAUAUGUCCACAUCAAGAUAUGAACAUUGGUCAGCUUUAGCUCCUCUUCCCUUGGAAGUUGUCCUUUCCGCUGCCCAAAAGCCUGAAGACUCCUUUCAAACAGGUGGUAGCGAUCGCACUUGGACCAAAAUUGUCAGUAAUUUCAGUGAUGCAAACGGAGACGGAAACAUAGAGAGUAUGCUUGCUGUUGAAACAGGUUUGCGAGAGAUAGCAUCCUUAAAGGUCGAGGAUGCUUUAAUGCAACUAUUUGCCCGGUAUAGACAAAAAAAUAUGGUCCGACAAACCGAAACUGAUCCCAGGGGGCAAGGGGAUCCUAAGUUAUCCGACGCAUUUGAGUUGAGUCACGAUGAGCAACAAGAUAUUCUCUUUAAAGAGGCAUGGCUGCUGUAUUUCUGGAAAAGAGCUAAAAUCCACGGCGUGGAAAGUGAUAUAGCAGAAGAGCGUCUUCAGUUCUGGAUCAACCGUCUCGGGCAACAACCAUCUUCACAUGAUGCAGUUGAUGUGGAAAGAGGAAUGAGGGAGCUAAGGAAGCUUGGUAUAGAACAACAAUUGUGGGAAAUGUCUCGCACAGAACUCAUGGACUCCACUUUUCUUCCUUCUCAUUCCGUUUCUGACUACUGUGACGAGUGA